UUAUUCUUUCUUACCUCUUCUCUAAUUUUAUUCUUUUCAGCCAUGCCUCCGGGUGUCCCUGACAGGACUGUUAUCUCCAGUGCUACCUUUUACAACCCUGACGAUCUCUCAGCAGAAGAUUUUGUAGCGUUGUCCGUCAACUCGACAGCUGAUUUCCCUACUGUGCUACUGAACAAUAUUAACUGGAACGGCGGCAUCAUAGGAUGCUUAUCUAUUACUCUCAGCCCGGACAACCUCAGAGUGGCUUCUGCCUCCUUUCACUUACUUGGUUCCCUUUGGACCGAUAAGUCCUUCAGCACUGCCAACUACUGGACCACCUCUACUCCUACUCAGCUGGUCUUGACCAUCGAGGACCUGUCUAUAUUCAAGUUCCCGCCAGGAGCUCUCUGUUCCGCUUACGUCAGCUCCUUGGACCUUGAUUUCCGGUUCACUCAGGGUAACUCUAAUGUUCCAGCAGCUCUCAUGUCUCAAGCUGGUCUGUCAGAGUUCUGCCUAAGGGCUUUCUGUUAUCCUACCUCUGACUCCUUUGCUAAGCUGGUUGUUCUACUUUUUCCGCUCUCUGAAACCCAACUAGCGGAGAACCCUCUCUACCUGGAUCCUUACUUCCCUGGUAUUCGCCUGUUUGACUCAGAGUUCUCCCUUUCUCCCCCCUCCUCGCAGUCCCCAAUUGCUGCUCCUUGGGGCUUCCCCCUAGCUCCGGCUGUGUUCCCUGGAGCUAGCUGGGAUGAUGCGCCAGGCUUUCCUUCUGGCUUAAGAGUUAGAGUCGCCCUCAGUAAGCUCCUCAGAACGGCUAUUAAACCUGAUGUCAAGGCCAACCUUCUUACCUUUCAACAGAGGGUUGAUGACCUACUAGAAAGAGGACCUGGAGCUCUACAAGUUAGGUUCCCCCUUCUUCUCUGGCCAGAGGCCUCUACUGUUCCUCCUACGGACCUUCCGUCUCAAGGUUGGGUUUCUUAUUUUGUUUAUUUCCUUAAUUAUUUCUUUUCCUUCUGCCCAACGUCCUUAGCUUUACAAAUUCUAAGUCUUUUCCCUUGUACUUAUUAUAUUUAUUAAUGUUGUUAUCAUUUAUUAUUGUGUCACCUACUUU